AUGUUUCCGCCGGUUCCAGAGGAACGAGCUAUACCGUAUUUGGGCGAGAAUUACAAUCCGCAAGACGCCGACUUCUUCAAGAGACCGCUGCUGCCGGCGACCUGGCAACCGGUGAACUCUUCUCCCUCUCUCCGGCCACCCUACUCGGACGCCAUCAGCGUGUACAAGAUAACCGAGCUGCGGCUGGUCAAGCGGCCCGAGGAUCGAGGCCUAUUGCGUCGCCGUCUGGGCACGUUCACGGAGAACCCGGAGGGCAGCGAGUAUGCCGGCCUCUUUCGGUAUCAUCUGGAGCUGCUGCGCUGGCCGGAGCCGUGCACGGCGAUUCCGGGACUGUUCGUGAACGGGAAAGAGGGACGGAUCUACCAUUACAUCGUGCCCGCAUUCUUCCGAUUGCUCACGUGGCUGACGGGUCAAUCGGAGUUCGACUAUGCCAUCCUCAUUCGGACGUACGGUCGCGAUGUGCCGCACAUCCUCAACGCCGUCCGGCUCUACAACGAGGGCCUGCAUCCGACCGAGUUGCCGGGCCGACCGAUUCCGGUCGGCUCGAGGUGUUGGUGCCUGGACAGAUUCGACGCUCGCCCGGGCUUCUUGUACGCACCGGGCGAAUGUCUGCCGGACGGUCGAUUCCGGCCGAGACAAGAGUCUGGCGCCGAGGAGACGAUGACUCGACCACGUGACAUCUACGAGACCUGGUGUCGUCUCGAGGGGGUACACGGGGUGGUGGACGACUUCGCCUAUUGGCACGCUCAUUGCUACCAUCACACUGCGGCCAAGCCGCACUGGAUCGACCCAGGCGACAGAGAGCACCACCACAUCCUGUUCGAUGACAACAUCCGUUUUGAGGCGGACGGCAGCAACGUGAUCGAUAUCCAGCGUCUGUUGCCACGUGGUGACGGUGUCGUUGGUGAGACAGACGUGGAGGCUGACGACUGCGUUCGCCUGACACCUGAUCAGGCCGAAACAUGGGAGGGUAUUUUUUAUGUGCAAAACGAUCUGCUGGCGAUCAUUCGAGAUCCAGACUACUUUAUCAAAGCGAUCAAGGAUUGCAUUCACAAAUACACAAAACUUGAGCCCGAAUAA